CAGCGCGAGCGCGCAGACUUGUCGAUCUCGCGGAGGAGACGGUUGCUUUUGUGUGUGUUUUGAUAGCAGACGCGAUACAUAUACAUUAAAUUUUACCAAAAAGAACCUUGGAUUUUACUGUUAUAUCCCAGUAAGUAGACAAGAAAAUGGAAGGCGGUGAUUUACAACAAAAGACGGCUACUCUCAUCAUAAAAACGCCCAAUCAGACACAGCAGGACCAAACCAUCGAAGGAGUUUGCCUGAACUGGACUGUGAAGGAGCUCAAAAGUCACCUUUCUUCGGUGUAUGCCACUAAACCGGCUGUGAGUGACCAGCGUCUGAUCCAUGCUGGCAAACUGCUUUCUGACAAUAUGCCUAUUAAAGAGCUCUUCACACAGACUGCCCCUGUUCCCAUGCUGCACCUGGUGUGUCCAGUUAGGAAUCCACCCAAAGGACUGAUGGGAGCUCGCCCAAAGUUAUCAUCAAACACGAACUCCAGCCCAACUUCUGCUUCAGCUGGUUCCAGCACCUCCUCCGGUGCUCCAGAGCUGAGGCAGAGGAGGAGCACCGUGCCGUCACCAGCCGCUGCUCCACCUCAUCCGCAGACACCAGUGUCUCUUCCAGGAGCUUCUGACACACUCGUCACUGCAACGCCUGGAGUACCACAGGUGACUCAGCCUGUCUUUCCCACAUACUCCCUGUACAGCCCUCAACAGCUGCUGUGGCUGCAGCACAUCUACGCUCGACAGUAUUAUAUGCAGUACCAUGCAGCUCUGGUGGUUGCAGGUACUGCUUCCACGUCGCCAGCUGGAAGCAUCAUGCCUCCCCACCCUGUGGCAGGCCACCAAGCUCCCCUCGCAGCCCCCUUAGCAAAUCAGAACCCCCUGGAUAACCUCCCCGCAAAUCAGAACCCAGUGCAGGAAGGUGACUUCAUCAACCACGAGGCAGCUAACCAGAACAUGAGAAUGAACGCGCAGGGCGGGCCAGUAAUGGAGGACGAGGACGGGAUGGAGCGAGAUUGGCUGGACUGGAUGUAUUCUGCUGCAAGACUGGGCAUUUUUCUCAUGAUUCUGUACUUCAACUCCAGCCCGAGUCGAUUCCUGCUCGUCAUGUUCCCCCUCAUCCUCAUGUACCUACAUACUGUUGGCUGGAUUCCCUUCAGAGGACGAGUUCCAGUUCAAGAACAGAACCGUGUCCAACCCCCUGAAGUCCAACACAACCAGCAGAAUGAGAACAGAAAUCCAGAUCCAGUGGAAGAGUUUGCAGACAGAGAAGAGGACGAACCUGCAGCUCCAGCUAACGUGCAGGAACCACUGACGGCGGUUCUGGUUCCUCCUCACAGGGUGUCGGCCGCAUGGACGGCCUGGAUUUUCUUCAAAACCUUCUUCUCCUCCCUCAUACCUGAGGUACCUCAGGGCGUGGCCAACUGAACACCUGGCAGACGGACUCAGUCAGGCACCUGCUUUUGUAUUUGUUUCAUUACUUGGAGGUGAAGAUUCCACUGAAACGACGACGAGGAUGAAGAGUGACCGAGUACAGAAAAAUGUCUGCUGCAAUGUAAGAAUAGUUCAAACUAAUCAGGCAUUUUAUCCACAUGCACAGUGACUCACACAGCUGUCCUGCUGUUCUCAUGUGGAAUUGUUUGGAGCUGCUGCCCCCCCCCCCCCCCCCCCCCCCCCCAAAAAAAAAACAAAACACAACACCCUUAAAAGAUUUCUGCAUCCUGGAACUCUCUUUGGGAAUAACUGCAGGAAUUAAAUGUGUUUAAUGAACAGAUAUUAUCUCUUUCAUUCAGUCUGUAUUUUCAGUAGGCAGGUUUCCAUAACCCCCCCCCCCCCCCCCAUUGCACAAAUGAAAAUACACUUAAUGGUGGCGGGGCCUCAAAUAUCACAAACAUCUUGCUCUCAUAUGAGGUGGUUUGAGAAACUGUACUGGAAGCACUUUUUCCACUAUUACAGGUCACAUGACAUAGAAGCGUGACAUUCUAAAACACAAAACUGUAAGUGUGGAUGGAAUAAGAGAGGGAGAGCUUGUUAACUGAUAGAAUAUACGGCAAUACUGGAUUUAAAAAAAAAAAAAAAAAUGGCGAUGUUUGUGGGACUUACCAUUCUGUCACCUUGUCUUUUGAAUUUACAGUUA